AUGCGUACCGAGGAAAAUAAAAGAAACAUUUCAUCAAAGAUUACAGUGGAGCAAUCUUCAGCAAUUCUGCCUCAUCUCUCCCCACCUCGUUUCUCCUGGGAAAGCAAUCAGAACGCCGUUCGAGCUGCUCCCAAAGCCACUACUUCGGAAGCACGGUUUCCCAAAUUCAGCAACCUGCCAACAGAGCUCCGCCUAAAAAUCUGGAAAUACGCUCUACCUAAGGGCCAAUAUGUCAUCCCCCUUGCUCUAGGCCGAAGACGAAGCCAGACAAAGUACAAAUUCCCAUACAUUCUUCACGUAAAACAAGAGGCGCGGCAAACUGCUCUCGAGAGCUACAUACUUCUCUUCAACAACUCAUUCUUCGCCUUCAGGAUGUAUUGCAACCCUGACAGAGACGUACUUGUCUUAGGAGACCCCGAAGUGCAGAGCGCGAUCAGAUCCAUCAUUCAAUUCGGACCUUCCGAAUCCGUGAUGUUGUUGAGACGAAUGAAGUGCCUAGGUAUCGACGAUGCGAUGAUCAUGCUGGAGAAUUUGUUCUACAACAUCAGACCUGAGCAUACUCCUGCUGCGCCAGUAGUCCCCUUUGCUGAUGUGUUUGAGAAACCUACGACGUCGAUUUGGGUUCCCCACCGAUUCGUUACAUGGUAA